AUGUCGGCCACAAGCGCGUAUUUAGAAGGCCUAAUAGAACAAUGUGGUGGAUUUUCACGAUUCCAAUGGAUUAUGUUUUCCUUCAUGAUAUAUAGUAAAAUCGCUGUGACUUGGACGAUGAUGAUGAUGACAUUUGCAGGUGCAGUUCCAAACUGGCAGUGUGGCUUCACAAACCAGUCUAUUCCUGGAACAAACCAAUCGAUGGAUGUAAACAAUAUUUAUUAUAUAGAUAAACAGUGCUUUCCACCAGAAAACAUGUCUGUACAAAAUUGUCAGGAAUUUAAGUUUUCUGAUGGUAUGAGUACUGUAGUGAAUGAGUGGAGGCUAAUAUGUGACAAAGAUUGGAUCGCCUCUACAGUUACAACAAUUCAGAUGGCUGGAUUACUGAUCAGCUGUGUGACAUCUGGUCACCUUGCGGACCUUAUUGGCCGGAAACCGACAUUUUUUCUGUCUUUAUUCGUGCUGACCAUUCUCAAUGUUGCAGCUGGACUUUCGACCUCAUGGCAAAUGUUUGCAGUCUUUCGUUUUCUGCUCGGCUUUGGAAUUGGUGCAUACCUAACUGUUUUCUAUAACUACUUGAUCGAAUUUAUUCCUGCAAAACGAAGAUCUGUCACAAUAGCGUUCCCGUCUUGGGCAAUCUGGGCAUGCGUGUUUGGGUUUGCGGCGAUGUGGCUUCAUGAUUGGCAAUAUCUUCACUUCUCUAUUUCUGUACUUACUCUGCCGUGUUUAUUAAUGUGGUGGAUUCUUCCGGAGAGUUUUCGGUAUCUCGUAACACACAACCGUGUAGACGAAGCGAAGGGAGUUAUCCGAAGAGUAGCACAAAUUAAUGGGAAGCCGGAACCGGAUAUGAGUAAAAUGAAAAACCUUGUUGAGGAAGACUUGAAAGUUGACACUGACCACAAAUACACUCUCCGAGACGUAGCACAGGCUCCACAGCUAAGGAAAUGUACAUGUUUGCUAGGCCUUGCAUGGAUGUCAUGUGGGUAUGGCUAUUAUGCUAUUUCCUUUGGUGUUCAGAGUUUGUCCGGUAGUCUGUACCUCAACAUGUUUCUGCUGAGCGUAGUAGAAAUACCAACGCAGGUCUCGUCAUAUUACCUCACAAAUAGGUUUGGAAGAAAAUGGGUCACGAUAGUUUUGCUUUUAUCAGCAGGCGUUACAGGCUUUGUUGUGGCUGUGCUACAAAUAUCUGAUUUGGAAAUGAAAGACGCACUGAUUAACUGGUUCGCCCUUGCUUCAAAGAUGAGUGUGGGAGUUGGCUGGGGAACACUUAUCAUCCUAUCCACGGAGACGUAUCCUACUGUAGUCAGGAAUAUUGGUUACGGGAUGCUGAAUUCCUUCGCUAGAAUUGGAGCUAUGGCAGCGCCACAAAUAGUAUAUUUGAACAGUCACCUGCCAGGGGCCAUGUACUUUAUAUUCAGUGCCGUCAUGGUCAUAUCAGCAUUUGGUUUAUUCUUUGUGCAAGAAACAAACAAAAAACCUAUCGAAGAUGGAAUAGUGUCCGAUAAAAGAGGGGACACGGAAAUACAGGUUUUUCAUGGACAGACCAACGAAGCAUUUGACACUAAGCUUUAA